AUGUUAAAUACCAUCAAUACUGUUAUCAAAGGCUCCAAAAUGAAGUGUAGAUAUCUGUCCACUAGUGCUGCACAGCUACUGAAAAGGGCUCAAUUUGACGUCAAGCAAUUUGUAAACCAGUUGCCGCAACACGCUGAGUCCAUUCAGGCCCGACAGCUGACAAACGGUAAUGACCUUCUCCAUCAGCUUUCCCAAGUUCCAUUUCAGGAACAGCAUGCUAGAGCAUUAGACUCCGAGAUAGCCAGGAUCCAAACGCAGCGCAAGGCUACGGAAAGGGAGAUACGCGUAGAUAGAAGCAAGCUCAAGCAAUUGCAAGGUGAAUUGGUGGACUUGAAAUCAUCAUUCCAAAACGUAUCUACUGAGCUAAGAAAUACGCAAAACCAAAUCUACGAAACAUGUGCAUCGCUCCCGAACUUGAUACACCCUGACGUGCCCUUGACGGAACCUGAGGUCGUUAAAUGGAUUAAUGGGCUUCCACACUACACAGCAGACCCUUCACGCGACCAUCACGACAUCCUGGUUAGCAAAAACCUUGUAGACUUCAAAGCAGCUGCAACGGUCUCUGGAAACUCGUGGUACUAUCUUCUCAAUGACGGAGCACUUUUGGAGCAAGCCCUGGUUUCAUAUGCUACCAAGCGCGCUCGUGAACAUGGCUUUUCGAUGUGCAAUCCGCCCAGCAUUGCUAAAAAUGAAGUCAUUGAGGCCUGCGGGUUCAGGCCGCGCGACAUGAACAACGAGCAGCAGAUUUACAAUAUCGAAGGCUCACACCUGGGUUUGACUGCCACCGCUGAAAUAGCUCUUGCUGGAAUGCAAAUAGAUACCGUUUUGGACCUUUCCAGCGGUACCAAGAAAAUGUGCGGGGUCAGCAGAAGUUAUCGAGCAGAAGCUGGUGCAAGAGGAAGAGAUACAAGAGGGUUGUACCGUGUGCACGAGUUCACCAAAGUAGAGCUGUUUUGUUGGGCUUUACCAGAACGCAGCGAAGAUGUACUACAGGAGCUUUUGGAUUUCCAAAUCAAGCUUGUAUCGGAACUGGGGCUAACCGCUAAGGUUCUGAACAUGCCUGCAAACGAUCUCGGAGCUCCUGCGUUCCGGAAAUAUGAUAUUGAAGCUUGGAUGCCCGGAAGAGGAUCCUUUGGUGAAAUUACCAGCACUUCCAAUUGCACCGAUUUUCAAAGUCGCCGUAUGGGCACUAAAUACAAAGACAAAGUGACAGGGAAAUCAAAAUAUGUGCAUACGUUGAAUGGAACUGCAGUGGCUGUUCCCAGAGUAAUCGUUGCCAUUGUGGAGAAUUUCUAUGAUCCUGACACGAAUUUGAUCACCGUUCCGGAGCCUUUGGUACCAUACAUGGACGGUAAAAGAUUUAUUUGA